GACACGGGCCUUGACCAGGCCCUGCCCGCCCCCAGCCCACCAUGGUCCCUCCAGGCCACAUCCUGCUCCUGCUUUUCCUCCCAGUGGCGGCAGCUCAGACGGCCCCAGGUUCCUGUUCCGGAUGUGGGCCCCUCUCCCUGCCGCUCCUCGCAGGCCUUGUGGCCGCUGACGCCGUCGUGUCGCUGCUGGUUGUGGGGGUGGUGUUUGCGUGCGCCCGCCCACGUCACAGGCCCACCCAAGAGGAUGGCAAAAUCUACGUGAACAUGCCCGGCCGGGGCUGACCCUCCUGCCACUUCGACCUUAGACUUCUGGCCCUCUCACCCUGGCCCCGUGACACUGCCCUUUCCGUACUGUCGAUUGGAAUAAAGCCACUGA